AUGGAGGGGCAGCUCGAGCGCAGCCGUCUGCUGAACAGCGAGGGACUCGACGGCCUCCCCGCUAGGGCCUCCCAGCUGCUCCAGCUCGGCGGGACGUUCUUCCUCAGCUUCGGCCCUCUCAUCCUCGGCGUGGGCAUCGCCAUCGUUGCCACCGUGAUGUAUUUCCCAAACUUCGUGCACGGCGGGGAGCAGCUCGAGUACACGCAAGUGGACCCCUACGAGCUGCUGAACGAGCCGACGUACGACCCGAUGGUGCCGAUGCAGCGGCCGCCGCCCAUGACCGACGCCGCCCCCGACGCGCUGAACCUCGACAGGAGCGCGGGCGGGUUCUACUGA